AUGGCGGAGGAUUCACAGCUUCUAAAUGGCCCCGCCACUCCUUUGUAUGUUCUCCGCGGGCAUGCCGCUCCAAUACAUGCCUUGAAUGUCUUUUCGCGGAAUCUGCGGCUGGUCUCAGGAGACGCCGACGGGUGGGUCGUCAUGUGGGAUUUGGUGACCAAACGACCGGUGGCCGCAUGGAAAGCACAUGCCGGCGCUGUUCUGGAGUUGAAGGGAUUCGAAAGGGGCCAAGGAAUAACUGAGAUCUACACACAUGGCCGUGAUCACAAACUCUGUGUCUGGAAAAUCCGGGCAGAAGACGAAGGCUUUCUUGGUAAAUCUCUGCCUGUUGAUGUAGCUUCCUCAGGGACUCAAAAAACCCAAGCACAGCCAUGGCUUCUACAUUCCCUGCCAGUCAAUGCACUUAAUUUCUGCGCCUUUUCAAUGACCACUGUUACUAGCCCUGAUGCUGAGAAAUCCGGCGAUGCUGCACCAAAAGCCGCUUUCUUCGCGGUCCCUAAUGCGCUGGACUCAGGCGGAAUCGAUAUCUUCCAUCUUCCGUCUGAGCGCCGGCUUACCACGAUCGCCUCUGACCCAUCGGUGCAAACGGGGAUGGUGAUGGCCGUGAACCUCUUCUUUACCUCUGCAGGGGACCUCUUCGUCGCAUCUGCCUACGAAGACGGACAUGUAAUGGUUUUCGCGCAUAAAGAGCCUCUCACGCCAGCCAAGUUCGAACCUACCUCCUCAAAACCUUGGAUGUGGGAGAAAGUCUACAUCUGCCGCCCGCACACUCAACCCGUCCUGUCUAUCGAUGUUGCUCCCACGAAGGACUUCUUCCUCUCUUCAUCAGCUGAUUCACUGAUUGUGAAACACCCAAUCCCAGGAACUGGGACUGUCGACGGAGUACCGGUUAUCAACUACAAAGAGGAGGCGCCAUUGAAAGUGGUAAAUACGAAACAUUCCGGGCAGCAGGGGCUGCAAAUUCGCAGCGACGGGAAGAUUUUCGCGACUGCUGGCUGGGACAGCAGAGUGCGUGUGUACUCAGGGAAAACCAUGAAAGAGCUGGCGGUCCUCAAGUGGCACAAAGACGGCUGCUAUUGUGUUGCAUUUGGAGAAACUACCCCGGCAGAGCCAAAAGCAGAUAUCCACACGGAAAAGUCGCUUGUGGCUGUCCAGAACCAAAGGAACCAAAAGAUACAUCAAACGCACUGGCUAGCAGCGGGAUCAAAAGACGGAAAAAUCUCAUUGUGGGAUAUCUAUUGA